AUGCGCAUCUCGUCCCUCACCCCCUUCCUAGCAUCUAUCACCCUCGCAACAGCAAACACCCUAAACAUCACCGUCCUAUCCGCCCAUAACAACCGCUCAACCCUCGAAUGCUGGGCCCUAGAACCAGGCUUCACAACCUCGACGACAGCCGGGACAUCCGGAACCGAAGUCCUCAAUCUCAGGUCCUGUCGGCGGCCUCAAUGCCGAUGGGUCGUCUUCCUCUCAGGACUAGCCCAUAUUACUCUCCCCAACUCAACGGCAGACGCAUACAUCCCCGGUGGCAAAAACGGGGCUAUUCUCGCUCUCGAUACGGCGGAUGUUAGCUCCCUGGGUCAUAUUACUAAGUAUCCUUCCCAGGAGAGCACUGUUGCGUUGCAAAUUCCGCUUGGCCAGGGGGGUAUUCCUGGUCAUGCUGUUUUGCAUGAUGGGGCUUGUAAGGGGGUGGAGUUGCAGGUUUGA